GGUUUGCUAGUGACAGUUGCAGCCGCUGCUUUUGCAGCACCACAAGGAUACGAUUGGGUGCACCAUCAGAUGGAGGUCUCUCCGCUGGAGCGGACUUUUGGCAGGAGGAGCAGGCGCUGCUGAUUUUGGUAGCGGUGAGGGUGCCGGAUGUAGAGAUGGAGAAGUACUACAUUAUUCCUCCUCCAGCAGUUGAACACAACAUCCUCUUCGUACGCCUUCCUGAGAAGGACCAGCACCUGAACAAUCGUUCUUCCUCCACCAAGACAAAACAACAUUGUCUAUGUACUCAACAAACAGGAUCAACAAGUCAGCGAGUGAUCGAAGUACCAGCUCAGCCACAGGCUGAUCCUGAGAUUUACUUCGUCAACUAUCAAGAAGGAGAAAAACCCAACUCUUCCAUUGGACAGCAGGCGGUCAAGUCUCGAGGUCUUGAAGGCGCAAGUGGAGUAGCCGGCUUAGGUGGCGUUGCUGGUGGUGUUGGAGGAAUUGGCUUUGGAAUUGUAAAUGGAGGUGAAUUAGGUGGUGUUAAUGGAGCUGGUAUUGGUUUGGGUUUCAACGGAGGCGCUAGUGGGGUCAUUCAGGCCAAGGAAGCACACCAUCAGGCCUGUUAUAACACGCCAUAA